UCGGAAGCUGUCCAAUCUUCAGGGUCCCUUCAAGAUAAUGCAUCAGGAAUUUCACUGCCAUCUGAACCUGCAAGAUCUGUUAGCUUGGAUCUUUCCAAGGCACCAGUAGCAUCAACUUCAUCUGUUGUUCUUUCUCAAACAGCUGCACCAUCUCAAGCUCCAUUGGGAGAUCUGUUUCAAUUAUCUGACAUGACUGCAGCUACAUCUUUCAAGGGAAAUCAACCUACACAAACAUCCCAAGUCGCAUCUAUUGAUUUCUUUGUGGAGGCUACUGCAACCUCUGAUGCAAAAUCGGUGGAGAUAUCCAUCCCUAAAAAUGAAGGGUGGGCAACAUUUGAUACGCCUCAGUUCACAUCAUCUAAUGCACACGUGGAAACUCAUCCGGCAGUACCUUUAAGUGCUGAAUCUUUGCAGGAUAGAUUUGAUCCAUUUUCCACCGUGAAUGGUAAUAUGCAAUGGCCAUCUUUUGAAAUUUCUAAUGUUGGUCUAUCUUUUGUUACAUCUAAUGUAUGGCAAGACGGUGUAUGGAAUGCCGUAAAACAAGUUCCUGUUGCGGCUACAGAUACUCAAUCAUGGAAUGCAUUUGAAGAUUCUACACAUUUUCAUGUGGAUGGCAGUAGUCAAGGAUUAAAUUUGCACUAUUUUUCAUCAGAGAUUUCGGGUUUAAGUGCUUCUUCUAAGGGACCCAAUAAAGAUGGAAUCCAAAGUGUUGCUCCUGUUGGAGGUUUUUCUAAUCAUGUCAUCCCAUCACACGGAGAUAUUCAGCCUAAUGGAAUCAGUCGUAAAUCAACUAAUCCAUUCGAUUUUCCCUUUGAUUCUGAUGUAGAGCCGAGCAAUUUGUUCCUUGAUAUGGGCUCUUUGCAAGCUGCUCUUCCAGAUGCCCUCUUACCAGCCACAUUUGGUGGUAUCCCUGAACCCUGGCUCCCUCAAAAUACAGCGACACCAUAUAUUUCCUCUGCUGGUGAAGGUGGUUUAUCAUUCAUGGCCGUGCAAACUCCAAGUUCCAUCAUGACAUCUGCUAAGAAGUCAGUUACUUUCUGUACUUCAGUGAAGGUGGAAAGAACUUACAUCAACCUUGAGUAA